UUUUAUUACAUUCACCAUAUGUAGUGAUACGGUCGUAAACAACAUGGCGGAGAGUACUGUUCCAAUAUAGGAGAAAAUCAUGUAGACAGUACAGAGUUAUUUCACUGUUUUAUGAUGGUGUAUUAGCUACAAAUCGAAAUGCCAGCUGUUACUACGAUGAGCAGGGCCUUUACGGACCCAGUUGGUCUGUCUGGCGAGAAAGGCCUGCUGAUUGACACCAUGCAACUCGUCGAGCCACGGAAACAACAAACAAUUCCUAAUCAUCUGUUAGAAACAAAAAUCUAUUCAACUGUUGCCCAGAAUGCUAUGAUACAGGCCAAACCUGCUGUGGUACACUUUGGAGGUUACAGUCUACACAAGAAACAUGUCCAAACACUCAGUAUUGUCAACGCCUCGACAGAAGUCAUUAGGAUGCAUAUCAUUCCUCCUCAAACUAAAUACUUUUACCUUAAAUAUAAGAAAACAGAGAGGUUAGUUCCUGGCCUUACAAUAGAAUGUACCAUUGAGUUCACUGCGGAUGAAUGGCGCUACUACUACGACUGCAUCAGGAUAAAUUGUCCUGGAGAGGAGAACUUGGUGAUCCCUAUCCAUGGCUACCCAGUGAUGAGUACGGAUGACUUCCCACAACAGUUUAGUUUUCCUCCUGUACCUGUGGGACACAAGAUGACCAAAGUGUUUCCCCUGCGAUGUGAAGCACCUAUUGACUUUGAAUUCAAUUUGACGUACAUCCAGCCACACCCAUCAUUUUCAGUCCAACCAAUGACGGGUGUGAUACCAGCCCACGGGGAGAGUGAAGUGUCGGUGACCUUUGCUCCGUUAGAAUUCCUCACAGCUAUGAUGAAGAUUCAGUUAGUGAUAUCACAGUUUAACUCUAAACCAAUCAUCUGUAAUUUUUGUGGGACCUCAUUGCCAGGAAUGUUAAAGGAAAUAUCGGAGCAGCAAUAUGAAAGUGAGGAGGUCCUUGACCCGCGAACACUGACCCCACUUGGAAGGUCAAGGAAGAAAAGACAGAAAGUCAAACCAAGAAAACCUGAAGUUCAACAGGACAUAGAGUAUGGAGGAGUAAGGUUUCCACCACAGUUAGACACACCCUAUGCUGUAGCUCAGGUUUUAAACCAAGAACCGGGCAAACUUCGGGCCAAGGACUUCAGAGAAACUGUCAUUACAAAGAGCAAAGACAAGCCAAAGGCUGCGACAAGGCAAAUGAAAGAGGCUGUGUUUGAGCACAGUGUGCGACAGAAUGUGUACGAAGAAAGACAGAAUCAAUUACGAUGGCAGGUCAAACUUGGUGAUGAUCAGAUCACCAAUGCUGACCGGGAGAAAAUCUUGGUCGCCCGCAGCGAUGCAUGGGACCAGUACAAGUAUGAAAGGCGAGGAGAUCCGAUACCAGAGGAGGAAUAUUGUCGACAAGAAACGGCAACAACAUUUAAACGUACCUUCCGAGAGUCAACAACAUUGGCACUGGAGACAGCCAAGUUUGACACCUAUUCAAAUGAUCUAUGGGCCGUCCGCCAUGCUGCACUUGCACGGUUUGCACAAACAGCUCGGAAGGUCAUCCUGCACGCCAGGGUCAACCACAAACUGAACUCGCUACGAAAGAUGGUGGUGGACUGGAGAAAGGAGAAAUACAGUGUUGGAACUGUGCCGCAGGAGCACAAAGACAAGGUAGAGGAUGAGGAACAAAAAGAAAUGAUUCCUGCAAAUUUACCACUCGAGUAUCCCAAGGUGAAAAAACACCAGUUUGUCACCUACGCUACUCCUAAUGUCAAGGACGACAUGGCUCCAGAUGCCCUGGGGAAGGUUCCAUUCACACCUACAGAUGUAGUGGUGAAACGGAAGGUACCAUACUUCCAACUAAAGGUCCCACAGCAGUACAAGAUCCAAGGUUACAGAAACCACGACGUGCACUCUGCCUCUGGUGGAUAUGUGGCUCCAAAGCUGGCACGCCCGCUGAGGUUCGGGGCAGAGGAAGAAGUGAUUAGCGUGCCCGACGCUCCUGUACCAGCUGGUAUGUCACAGGUACGCAGCAGCGUGACCGUGGAUAUUUCAGAAGAAAGGGAGGUAACCGUGGUGCCCCAGGAAACAAUAAUAUCAGAGGAAGUGAAGAUGAAGCCAGUCCCUCUCAUCCCACCGUCGUCACUAUUCCAACCUGUAGAAUAUCCAUCACUGCAUAUAUUUAACCCGUCCCCUGGACUACAGGUGUUCCAGUCCCCCAUGCCUUAUGCAGAGGUUGACUCUGACUUCCAUUUGUGUCCGUUACCGCGAUACUUCCGGACAGAUCACGCUUCAAAUCCACAUACUGCUACACAGAGGAAAUACUUGGAUAGGGAGGAUGUGAUUCGUGGAAUCAUGGCAUGGAAGAAAUUUCCUUCUCAAGGACUGACCUCGCUGACCAACACCCCAACACUGACCAAUGUCUGGGUUCCCAGGUGGGACGAUCCAUUUGGAGGAGAAAUGUUAACGUCCACUGUCCCAACAGUGCUCGACUCACUGCCCGAGGAUGACAAGAAAAACAUUGAAGAGGAAGACACAGAGGAGGAUACAGUGGCUGCUCCAGCUGUUAUACUUACUCCAGACAUGGUGAAUGCUCAGUUUCCAGUGCUCGACCCCAACGGACCAUCAGACGAAAAGAUUUCAGCGGACUCUUUCCCGUAUGGCAAUAAGUUACCUACAACCAACAUUCCUGUGUCCAGCAACGGUCCAGUCCCAAGAGAGAAGAGAGAACAAGAGAUGGAAUAUUUUAUGACCAAAAAAUAUAAUCGACUUGGAGCCAAAAUACAGGGCAAGACCAACACUUUGAACCUUCAAGUGACUGACCCCAAUAUCCUGCUGCAGUGAGGGCAGCAGUAUGAUUGACAGAGAACAAUGUUGAUCAUACAGGAAGUGGUUCACUGAUUCAAGCAAAGCUGACUGUUCUGUGAUAUGUACAAAGGAAACAGUUUAUUAAUAUUUAUAAUUCCACUGCACAACACUCGUACAAAAUUGGUAUUAUCUCAUUCACAAGUGCUUAAAGAUAUCCAGAGAUAUUUCUUCAAUAUUCCUUCUAUAUUUUGACAGGUAAAACUAUUCAUUUCUGUUGUAUAGAAUACAGUAAAACCUUGUUAUACUGCCACCAUUUCCUGUUUGAGGGACAUUUUGUUGUUAUAACAGGGUUUGGCAACACACCAAAGGGUACUUAUAAAAGUGUUUUAAGAAAUGAAAAGGUAAGCUUGACUUGUUGGCAGUGAGUAAGGUAGCAAAUGAAACAAGAGGCAUUAUAUCAAGGUUUGUUUGUACAAGUAAUGAGGCAAAUUCUGGAAAAUGUCUAUUGCAUACAUGUUCUUGUACCAAUUCAGUUUAUGUUUCAUUCCUUUGUAACCUAUGAUAGUUAAAUGUUGUGCUGACUAACUGAGGGUCAGAGGUAAAGGAUGUCAGAACAACGGCUCAGGACGACAGGAAUAUAAAGCAGUUUGUACUUAAAAGUGGAAAUGAUCAUGGUGCGAAAUUUAUCACGUUUGAGUAAAUUAGCACAAAAAUAUCCACACACGAGUAUAUAUACUGAUGAUGUGGUAAAAAUGUAAACGUCGAUGUUAUUGUAGAAAUAGAAAUUAAACAAAAGACUGUUCUGUUUUAUUUCUAUAAUACAUGACAAUUGUAUAUAUGUAUAGAAUUUAUUUUCGCAACCAUUGUCAAGGGGGAAAAAUUUCAACACCACGAUAAGUUUCAGAGAUACAACAUGACCAUUUGUACACAUGAGAUUUUCCACUUUAACAGUACAAUUACGAUGUAUUUCGGUAUCAACCCACAAAAAGUUGUGCUCAUCGUGUACCAAACUAUAUUGUCUUUGUUUGGUUUUGUUGUCUGAUGUAAAACCUGAGAAACAAAAGUGAAGAUGAUUGGUCUCGUGUAUAUAUGUAUACCGUUAAAUUAUACUGUUCUAUCGUGAGCAGAACUGCACUGUGACUAGAGUGAACUUAUAAAUGUACUAUUAAAGAUAAUUUUUUAAAGUG